GCACAAUCAGACGCACGCCCCCGGCCCUGCUCCGUCGUCUCCUCCGUCCGGCCGCCGCCACGAAGGCGCGAGCAACAAGCCGCCGGCCGGCGCCGCUACCUGCGUGCUCGGUCGAUCAGCUUACGCUUCUAGUGUUUCGAGGUCGAGGGUGGAAGAACAAAGGGGAUCGAGGGAAACCAGCCUGCAGUAGUCUCUGGUAAGGCAAAAGGAGAUCGCGGAGAACACACAAGGGCAGGGGCAGCCAAGGCAAAGGGCACGCACCACGAUGCACGCGUCCGCCGCGUGGAAGAUCGAGAGCUUCACUCAUUUCAGAGAUGACGACGGGAACUACAGGGCGCGGUGCGAGCGCUGCCAGAAGGUGUUGCCCGCAGAUGCUAGGAAAUACGGCCCGUCCACCCUGCGGAGGCAUGCCACGGUCUGCAGGGGACGGAAAACUGCUUCGGGCGUUGUUGUCAAGCAGAUCAAGCCCAUCACAACGCUAGCUGCCGACACUUGCAAGGGCAUCGCCGUCCGCUUCACCCCGGCCGACCAGAUCGAGGAGCAGCAGAAACGCUGCGCAGCGUACUCGAAGCAGGCGCUCCCCUUUGCAAUCACCACAUUCUUGGCAUACGUGGAUGCUCCGUCUGCCUCCAGUACGAAAACGACCUUCAAGGUCGCCAUGGCAGCCUUCUUCCUCGCAGUGCCCGCUGACCUCGUCUGCAUGACCAGGCCACCAAAGUGGGGCAGUCUCUUGACCUACCUCUCGUGGUUCCUUCUGGUGCUAGUGUCGUACCUCCUGCUCAUCUCGUUCAACGAGGGCUACAGCUACGCCAUCCUCCCCGUGCCGAUCCCCGUUGUUAUCGCCCUCCUCCAACUCAACAGGUCUUCUCGAGCUCUCAACAGAGACAUUGAAACUGGUCAUCUGAAUGCCGACACCGAAGAUGAAGCUGUUCCAGCCGUGAACAACACUGCCAACAACCAAGAAACUGAUCAAGAUCUUGACGGCAUCUUCAAUUUGUCGGCUGGCAUUGUGAACUUUGGUGGCCUCGUCAGCUUGAUCUUUGCACGCUACAUGGGAGGGCCAAAUGAACUCACCAUUGGUUUCUUCUUCUUCUUCACCAUUGUCCUUGGCCUCUACCUCAUGAUGGCCACAACGGUGAGAACUGUGGCGCUCACUCUCCAUGCAAGGCACCUCUCCUACCUGCUCAUGUUCCUGCUAGUGAGCACCCUCAUCGCCACCUUAACCCACAAAGUUCCGGACUCAGGAAGCGGUUCGCAUGUUUAAAGUAAUGGCCUUAAGUGCUUGGCCAGAAGGGAUUGUUCAGAUGCCGGAUCAGCAUUCAGAGGUGCAAGACUGAUGGUGGGAAUUGAAGCGUCACUUCGGCACUUGCCUAAGACAACAAGAAGAGUGAAAGGCUGCGCUCCUCAUGUAUACGGUUUGGGAUAUUUGGAAAGAGAGAAACCGGCGCGUCUUUGAAGGGAAGUCCAUGGAUGCAUGCUAUUCAGGUGGAGUACGAGAUAAAGGAGGAAAUCUUGCUGCGCAAGAGGGCAAGUGGAGGCCAUGAGCAUUUUUAGUUUAUCUAUGUCGUCGCUUUCCUGCAUUCUGUUGUGUGACCUUCUAUCUUGUAUGUAAUAACUAUUUGUUAGAAAAUUUUAAACUCGCCUCUAUUUAAAUGAUAGCGCA